GUCAGCCAGGAGACAAAUCGAGAAUCCAAAAGACGAUCUUGUCGGUGCAUUGUCAGCACCCCAGAGGUCCUUGGAGAGUGCUUUGGAGAGGGGCUCGCCCAGCCUGCUUGGGCAUUGGCGCAUGCUCACGGGGAUCUCAAGUGACUGGUAGACCGACAACCUCCGGGGCUUUUGGCAUGCUCAAGACCAGCUGCUCGGAGCUACCAUUAGACUCGAGCACAUCAGAAUCAAAGCCUCCAGAGGUUGCUUAUGACAAUGCCUGUACAAGCACCGGAGGCGGAGCAAUGGCCGCACGACGGCGACGCGUCAAAGAGCUCAAGCGUGCCCGAACUUCGCCUUACGACUGCCCUCGACUCACUUGAUGGACAUGAUGCAAGACCAAAGUACCCGCGGACACGCUCGCGAGCACCAAGCGAUCUUCCUCCCGGCGCUGUGCUGGCGAGCAACCCUCAAUCGCCCUCCUGGACCGCGCCAAUACCUCUGCCUCAGGCCCAAGACUCGCCUAACUCCGCCAGCGAGUCCUCAGAAUCAUCGCAGAGCAAAGGUCAAAGGGCAAGACUACCUGAGCCUGUUGGAGACAAGGAAGGCGCGCCUGCGCAAAGAGGCAAGCUUUCAGGCAUGAUGGCCAAUGUCAUGCGGACUGGCGUUCGCGUCGAUGAGCCCCUCGCAGUCACUCGUCAAGAUAUCACCAGGCCAAGGUCUAGCUCGGUCAGGAAAGCGAUCACAACGCCUCAGGCGGAAGAACAAGCGCCUGCCUGGCCAGAGCAAGAUGAAGAGCUCGACGCACCUUCGCCUUAUGCUGUCACAGAUGCCGCUACGUCCUCUGCCGCUUUCGAUGAUGGCAAACGCUCGCGUAAGCGUGGCAAGCUCGCCGCCGGAUGUCAAGAUCCAGCGGUAUACGAGAGACUUAUGUCGCCUUGGCGCUUCAAGUGUCGCCAAUGGAUGGUUCGACAUGUGGAAUAUGAGACACCGCUGCUCUUGGAACUCCAGACACGAUACCGCACCAAAUGGCUAGAUCAUUACUUCGUCCAGACCAGCCUACUGGGCACUCACACAUUCUUUCUCGCUGUCUUGCCGCUCUUCUGGUGGUUUGGUCAGCCAGAUUGGGGCCGACAGUUAUUGUACUGUCUCGCCAUUGGCGGCUGGCUUUCCUCCUAUCUCAAGGACUAUUUCUGCAUCCCUAGACCAUUCUCACCUCCGCUCACUCGCUUGACCGUAUCCUACCAUGCCCUGGAGUACGGCCUACCCUCUACGCAUUCUACGACGACAGUCUGUAUCGCUCUCUCGCUAAUCGAACAUGUUCUCUAUAAUCAUUCAGUCUUCUCGUGGCAAGCACUCUCGACCAUCGGCAUGCUCUGUAUAUUCACAUUCUCAGUCAUCUUUGGGCGAAUGUACUGCGGCAUGCAUAGUGCGCUCGAUUGCGCGAUUGGCGCUGCCCUCGGCGUCAUCAUCUGGCUUGGCUUCUUCAUCUUUGGCAACGCCUUUGACGCAAUGACGCUCACGCCGGGAUGGACAGUGCCUGCCGUGGCGAUACCGACCGUACUGAUGGUGAUCAGUAUCCAUCCCGAGCCUGUAGACGACUGCCCGUGCUUCGAAGAUGCCAAUGCCUUCUUAUCCACUAUGCUUGGUAUACUCGUCGGCUAUUGGUGGCUACAUAGACUGCCUUUCACCUCUGCAACCUCUACACCUGGCGCCAACCUUGAGACGCCGAUAGACGCGCUUACGCUGGUAGCGCUCGCCUCUGUCAAGAUCAUCAUCGGUCUUGCGGUCCUUUUUGCGUGGCGCCUUGCGACCAAGAAGGUGUUGCAUACGAUCCUGCCGCCCAUCUUUCGAGCUGUCGCACCUCUGCUUGUCUUACCUCGCCGACACUAUCUGCCUGCGACAGACUAUACUAAGUACAUCUCGCCCGGCGCACGCUUAUCUGCGAUUCCGUCAUUCCUGCAUUUGCCACUCUCGUCGACGCCAGCUUCGCCGAGUGAUGCCACUCCGCCGUCUUCCGUGCAAGCGGAUGCUGGCCUGUCACAGGCUGGCAGUCUGACCAAUGGUCACCUCACGCCUGCCGCCGCUCUGCAGGCCAAACGCAAGGCGGCACACACCAGCAUGACCGUGGAUCUCGACGAUAGGCUGCGGACGAGCAAGCCUGCCAAGUUGACAAGGCACUACGAUGCAGACGUACUCACAAAGACGGGCGUAUAUACGGGCAUCGGCUUGAUCGCAACACAAUUGUUGCCGCUAUUUUAUGCGCAUAUCGGAUUGUCUGUCGUACCUAAUGCCACCAUACUACCAGACAAUGCGCACGAGCUGUUGGAGAUCCGCGAGUCCGGACGGACGCUGCCAUCAUCAUUUGCCGUUGAUGAGCUUGCCCGGGAUACGAUAGCGCUCGCAGGUCUCGCAGCUCAUUCGGUCCAUCGGCUGCGGUCAUCAGAUGCCCCAAAACGGAUCCGAUUGGACUCAAGGCACGCCGCAUUAGCAUUCAAUUCCGAGAAGUAUGUUCGAGAAGUCGGCGCUAAGUCAUUUGCGUGGGACAGCAUUGCGGGUUUGUAUCGCACAAGAGAUGGCUAUGUGCGCCUACAUACCAAUUUCCCGCAUCACAAGGCAGGUCUGUUGAAGCUGUUGCGCCUUGGUGACGAAGCAACGCGAGACGACGUGCAGGAUGCUCUGGCAGGGGUCGACGGCGAAGACUGGACGGAAAUUGCGAUGCUGAGCCAUCUUUGCGUCGCUUAUUUCCGCACGCAGACCGCUUGGGAGCGCACGGAGCAAGGCAAAGCAAUCGCUGCCAUCGUUGAUGGCCCUCUACACUUCGAACGGAUUGCAGCCUUGCCACCUCGUCCAUUGAAGCCUCUCGGGUCGCAAACUUUGCCCCUGCGUGGUGUCCGAGUCCUCGAUCUAUCGCGUGUGAUUGCAGCGCCGGUAGCUUGUCGCACGCUCGCGACGUACGGCGCCGAUGUGCUCUGGGUGACUGCGCCGCAUCUGCCUUUGCUGCCCGACUUGGAUCGCGACACGUCACGCGGCAAGCGUACGACGCAACUCGACUUGCGCUCGCCAAAAGAUGCUGAGAAGUUGAACAGACUGAUACAAGAGGCCGACGUCUUCGUGCAAGCUUACCGGCCUGACAGUCUGAUCAAGCUCGGCUUGGGCGAAAGCGACAUCCUCGCGCUGAAGCCCGACAUCGUCUACGCUACCCUGACUGCAUGGGGUGACGUAGGACCGUGGGCAAAGAGGCGAGGAUUCGAUAGCCUAGUGCAAACUGCGACGGGACUGAACGCUUCCGAACGCGAUGCUCAUAACGAUGCGACCGACUGCGAAGUAUCAGAUCGCCCGAAGGAACUGCCAGCACAAGCACUGGACCAUGCCGCAGGCUAUAUGCUCGCUGCCGGAGUCUGUGCUGCAUUGCGACAACGAGCAUUAGUCGGUGGCGCUUGGCGAGUCAAGACAUCGCUUGUCGAAGUCGCCGAAUAUCUUCGCGGCUUAUCAAGAGACCUGUCGCCAACUGCAUUCGUCCGGGAGCCGCCCUCAUACGAACAGCUCAGACGGGAGGGGUUGAUUGCUGGCUUGGAAGAGCGAGUUAGCUUUUUGCGCCAUCCGGUGCAAUUCGACGGCAUCGAUUUGGCAGAGAAGCAGUCGCGACAGACUACCAAUGCUGACGAAGCCACAUGGCUGCCAUUGUGA